AUGGCCGACGGAAAACCAAAGCGAUCACUUUUCAAACGUCCAACGUGGGCCGCGGCCACACCGACCGCUGCUUCAGCCUCUCCCGACCCGACAUCAAAACCAGAAGAGCCGACAGACAUUUUCAGCCAUUCGCAUACAUUCAGCGAGCUCGUCGAGGACCGCCAACGUCAACGCCAGCGUAAGAAGAGUGACAAGGAUAUUCUGAGGCGGAGUCAGACCAGCGAAGCCAAAGAUGAGGAAUCGCGAGCGGGCAAGCGCCGGCGCAUAAGUGAUGAGGACGGCUCCGAUCUACCUACCAAGACCAAACCCAAGGACACGGAUAGGAAGACUUCAGUACAAGCAUCUGCUGGAUCAGAAAGCUUUGCAAUAGCGCCUACACCACAAAAAUCACGACCGCGAAAAGAGACGGUAAUAGAGCUGCUGGACGAUUCGGACGACGAUGCGCCUGUGAGCCACAACAAUGUCUCCAAUGGCGAGGCUCUUUCAAACGCCACAAGUCUCGAACCUACACCUGCCGCAGAAGCAGACCCGGAUGCUGACGAGGACGCCGUGUAUUACUCCGAUCCAGAUAUACGUGAGAUCGCCCGUAAGGCCCGCGAGAAACGACGACAAGAAGAGCAAGAGCGAGAUGGAAGUGGUGUUCAUGAUCCAACUGUCAAACUGCUCAUCACGUCACCAUUACCUGGUACUGGACCUCUUAUCGUUUCCCGGAAACUAUCGCAGAACCUCCAGGCUGUGCGAGAGGCCUGGCUGAGUAAGCAGCCACUGGAGCCCUCGACCGCUAGCCGUGUCUUCUUCAUAUUCAAAUUACGGAGAGUGUACGACGUGACUACUGUCCGCAGUCUGGGAAUCAAGGUGGACUCCUAUGGUCGUAUUAUGGCCAACGGACCUUUCGCCAACACGGACGACGAGCAUGCUGAGAAGAUACAUAUCGAGGCUGUGACGGACGAAGCAUGGCAAGACCUCAAAGACAAGAAGGCUGCGAAGGAUGCACCAAAGCCGAACAAGUACCUGAGCAAUGCCGUAGGCGCGAAUAGCAGGAACGGCAGUACGGAAGGCACACCUGCCGUUGAUGGCGAAGCAGUUGUCGAGGAACCACUGAUCAAGGUCACGCUAAAGGCAAAGGGUCACUCAGACAUCAAGAUCAAAGUGCGGCCGGUAUGUUUUAUGCCCUUGAUCACAUCACAUACAUCUUGGCUACGCUUACUUACUUAUAUUCGUAGANGUACGACAUUUGUCAAGAUGAUCAAUGCAGCACGACGAAGUUUCAAGCUCGAUGAUGCGCGGGUUGUUCAUCUCGAGUUCGAUGGUGAGAGAUUGGAGCCGCCGGAAGGGCUGGUCAAGGAUACUGAUAUCUCGGACAUGGAUUGUAUUGACGUUCACAUUAAGUGA